AUGGAAACAUUUCCUGUACAAAUUGAUUGUGGGGAACAAUUGAUUAUCAUUAUGUCGAUUCUGUUGCCUCUUUUUACUGUCUUCUCUUUACUUACUUGUUGGAUAAUAACUCCUCAUCCACAUCAAGCAUCAAACAUCAUUGAAUAUCAAUAUCAACAAGAAGAUUAUCGUAGCACACCGGAUAUCGAUGAUCAAGAACAUGAUUGA